AUGACAUUAUAUGUACAAUCAUUAGAAAACGAUGAUGGAUUCGAUGCUGAACCUGGUUAUGCAGCAUUCAAAUAUUAUCAUGAAUUAAGAGAAAAACGAUUAAAUUUAGAAGCUGAACAAUCGAUUUAUUUUUUAUCCGAACAGCGAGUUGAGGGCGACACAAGCGAUCCAGAUGAGAUCAUUGCCCCGACUCUAAUUCGAUCGCUGGGUCCUCGGUUUACUUAUAAUGAUCCACAAACGGCAUCUCGUCGACGUACAAUUGAACUAGCAGAUCUUAAGCGAAAAAUAGAAGCUCGAUUCUUCGACAAAAAACUUAGUCCUGGUCGUCCUGUCGAACAAUUUAUUGCCGAAUUGGAUUUAUUACUUCAAAAAUUACAUAAUGUAUCAAUAAAUAAUCAAUAUCAAAAACAUAAAGAAUUAAAUCAUAUUUCAUUUGAAAACUUAUUAUCUACAAUACAAUUAAGUCAAUCUCAAAUUAAACGAUUAAGAUAUAAAUUAAAAUUAACUAAUCCAAUAUUACGGAAAUCAGAUAAAUCAAAAGUAUUCCAUUUAGGUCGAUCAGAAGAUUAUCAAAUGAAAUCUGAAGAACAUAUGGUUAAAACUCAAGCAUAUAAAUGUUUAGGAACACAUAAUCCAUUACCAGAUCUAAUUAAAAGAACAAAUAAAUAUUUGUUAGAUUUACGAUUAGCUAAAUGGAUUACUCAAAAACAAUAUGAAACAUUAUGUAUUAAUCCAAAUGAAGUUGAACUUCCACAUCUAUAUUAUUUACCAAAAGCACAUAAACCAGGUACUCCUCUUCGUCCAAUAAUUUCUGGUCUAAAACAUCCUACAAUCAAAAUAUCUAAAUAUCUUGACAAUCUUCUUCGACCACUCUUUGAUAAAAUGGCUUCGAAGAUAACUGUCAAUUCAGGUUUUGAAUUAUUAAAACAGAUACGAAAAUGGUCAGAGUCUAAUUUAAAACAAGAAACUAUAUUUUGUACAAUUGAUGUAGCAGAUCUUUAUACAAUGGUACCACAAACUGGAGGAGUAUUAUCUUUAAAGAAAAUUUUAGAUUAUUUAAAAUUAAAAAGUAUUGGUAGUCUUAACAUAGAAACCAUUAUUUGA